GGGAGAACAACAGCUAAGCAGUCUAACCGACACAAAAUACAAUGUGAAUAAUUAUAUGGGGGAAUGGAAGAAGCACGCACCCUCCGGCACAUCCCUUCCUGGAUGGCCACCAUCCUAGUCUUCACAACAGCCCUCUCCUUGGUCUGCACACAUCCAUCGUUUCUUUUCUCACCUGUUGGCAAUGACGGCAGCCCGGAAGGAAAUGCGAGAAUCAGAUAUAGUCAGUUCAAUGAGAGACACCCAUACCUUUGCCCUCGUACCACCAGUACAUGCCCAAUGGCCCCAUCGCCGGUAUCGAGUUGCAGUAAAGUGAGGGAGAGAGGAGGGAGGGAAUAAUCAAUUCGGACUCCGAGUU